GUGCGUUCUGAUGAAAUGCAACAUCCUCCUGACGUUCGAGGUCACGUCGCCGCGUUCGAAGGCUAUUCCCUCACGUGGAACAUCUGCCAUAGUCCUCGGUGCAGAGAGGAGGCUGCAAGCAAGUUAAUUUUUUUAAGCAUUUUCUCCGAGAGAGAGAGAGGAGGAAUGGCAGGUCAGGCAUUCAAAAAGUUUCUUCCUCUCUUUGAUCGUGUUCUGGUGGAAAGGGUUGCAGCAGAAACAAUGACGAAAGGUGGCAUUAUGCUUCCAGAAAAAUCUCAGGGAAAAGUGCUGCAAGCAACAGUUGUAGCAGUUGGACCUGGCAGCCGAGUAAAGAAUGGUGAUAUCCAGCCAGUUAAUGUAAAAGUUGGUGAAACGGUUCUACUGCCAGAAUAUGGAGGGACUAAAGUUGUUUUGGAAGACAAGGAUUAUUACUUGUUCAGAGAUGGAGAUAUCCUUGGAAAAUACACAGAAUAGAUGUUGGAUGUCACUGUCAGUUUCAUGAACUGACCAUUCCGUGAAGUACCUGUCUUUUUGUUCCAGUUUGUAAAUAUCUUUUUUUUGAGCUUUGGUACAGUACAAUAAAGUCAACAUUAAACCCAGU